UGUUAAGUCCCCAAGUAUGAAUUCCUGUCUUUUUGUCUUAUUGAACUUCUAUUCAUUAACAACUCUAUUUCUGUAUCAGCUGUGAACUGCUCUCAGGUCAUGGGGUUGUUAAUCUGUCACUAAUUUUAGGUGUUAUUUUCAAUUAUAGGAUAAACCCCCAUCCAAGCUCCCACUACAGUCCAGUGAGCAUGGAUUAGUGCUAACUAUGGAGAGGAGUGUCUAAUCUGGGCAUAUGACAUAACUGGGAUGUGGGUUGUCCUCUGCCUCUCUGCACCCUCCCUCUGCUCUGACAGCACUCUGUAGAACCGCUGGAGAUUACGCCAAUGUGGACGCACGGGACUCUUUUGACAAGACACACACGCCAGCACACAAACAUUCAGCAUGAAAGUGAGACCCCCGGAGUAACCCACAUCCAACCAGACACACUCUAAAUGGAAUCUGGGCCUGGAAGAAGCAAAGACAACUGCAGUCAUCAGCUGAACUUUUUGGAGGGUGUUCCUAUUCCCUUAUAUGGCAACAGAGCUGGGAAAUCAUUUGAAUUAGUCUGGUUUCUGUUGCAUGCCUGUCUGGUUUUAGUGCUGACUGAGUUCCAUCUGGUAUGUUUCUGUCUCUGCUGUGUGCUUAUGUGAGUGUGUGGGCGCUAUGUAUGUGGUUUGAUUUGUUUGUUUUGCCAUUCUUGGUUCUUCUUUUCCUGUUGUUUGCAUGUGGGGCUUUUGUUUUGGGACCAGAGGAGGGCUUGUGUUUGUGGUUUAAGCUAGAGGCACCGUCAUUGCCUCAGGGGUGGCUGCUUCAUUCAGCCUCUGCUUUACCUCUCGCUACUUUCCCUCUACCUCCUUCUCUCUCCCUCCCUCGCACAGCUAUGAUGGUCCGUGUUUGUUGAAGCAACACACCCACCUGGGUUCAGCAGCUUGCAACUAAAAACUGAAACAGGGCUCCACGCAAGGAUAUUAACAGAAAGGUGGAUUCUGCUGCAGAGGGGGCUGAUGUUACAGUGGACAAACAUCAUAAUCAGCUGGAUUUACUUAUUCUUCCUCCAGUACAAGAUGCUUGACCCAGAAGGAACCAGCAGAGACCCAGGAAGUAGUAGCUGAUACAGGCAAAGUGUUAUUGUCUGUUUGACGCUAGGAACGUGGACUAAAGGAUCAUGGGAAAGUUCUAAGCAUUAAAGACGAUAACUUAAUGCACUGCAAUGACAGACUGAUGAGCGAGUUUGACAGUAAACGUGCAAGUGUGUGUGUUACAUGAAGUUCCUCACCUCAUGUGGAUUAUUUGUAUUACUAUAUCAUUUCUAAACAUUGAUUGCCAUGGCUACAGCAGCAUGGUAUCAUCGUGACAUCAGCCGUGUGCAUGCAGAGGACUUACUGGCACGGGCAGGGAGGGAUGGCAGCUACUUAGUGAGAGACAGUGAGUCUGUGCCAGGGGCCUAUGCUUUGUGCCUGCUGUUUCAACGACAUGUUCACACUUAUCGUAUUCUUCCUGAUGCUGACGGCCUCCUAGCAGUUCAGACAACACAAGGAGUGCAGGUAAACUGUUUCCGGACUCUGGAAGACCUGGUUUUUGGAUAUCAGCAUCCCCAUAAAGGUCUGGUCACUCCUCUGCUCUACCCUGUUCCCCGUGACACAGAUAUAGGGGAUGACAGUUCCGAUGAUGAAAAGCCACCUCCCAUUUCACCACCUGCCAGUAUAGUGCCCGUCACAGGACCACCAGCAAAACCAGCUCUUCCUGCUCUAAUUCUGGAUAAGUUACAGGAGCUCAACACAUCCAGUGCAGCAAGCGAGGUGAUUGGUUUACUCCAUGACUACCUCUACAGUGAGUUGCCUCUCGACAUUGAGAAUGUGCGCAAAGGAGCAACAAGUCUGUGCCACCUCAAGCGAACUCUGGGAACUGCCUGCCAAGGCCUAAACAGUGAGAUUGACCUUACCCUCUCGAGUCUGGAAACCCUGGCCAAAGUCUUUGAUCACCCUAGCUGCUCUUUAACUCACAACAAGGCACAGGGCCCAGAUAUGGAGAUAGACAGUCUGUUGUGUAAGAUUUCAGCUUUGGUGAGCCUCCUUUCUUCGCUGGAGAAAAAGGUAUUAAAAGCGCUCCAAGAUGCAGUAACCAAUCACAAUUUGGCAGUGCAGCCUAAUCAGCCUAACCCACCUGCUGAACCAACACCCAUCAACACAUCCUCUGUCAAGAACCAUGCCCGACCACUGCCUGUCCACUCCUUCCAGAUUAAAAUGGUGCGUUAUGGGAGGCAGACAGUUUCCGUGGACGUGGACACAGGAGUGCUGCUGUUUGACAGGAAGGCUGGUUCAUUUAGUAUAGAAAGAGUCUCACAUGACAGAAUCCUUCAGAUUGUCAAGUUCCAGAGUAGUCCAGCUAAGGUGCGCAUGGUGGUUGACACCCACCACAACACACCACGGGAGAUGAUGUUUGAGAGUGCUCGGAAACGUGACGCCUUCUGCCAACUCCUCCAGCUGAUGAAAACCAGACACUCUCAGCUGAGUGAACCUGACGUGGUCUCUGUGUUUGUUGGCACCUGGAACAUGGGUGGAUCGCCGCCUCCUGGCAGCCUGCAGUCGUGGGUGACGUGUUGUGGUUUGGGUCACACUCCUGAUGAGUCGACAGCCUUGCUGCCUCAUGACAUCUAUGCACUGGGGACUCAGGAAAACCCUCAGGGGGAGAAAGAAUGGACUGAACAUGUCAAAGCAACCCUUCGCAGCUAUACACAUAUUGACUUCAAGCAGGUGGCAGUGCAGUCCCUUUGGAAUAUGAGGCUGGCUGUAUUUGUAAAACCAGAACAUGAGAGUCGCAUCAGCCAUGUGAACACUGCCAGUGUGAAGACUGGUUUGGGUAAUACUUUGGGAAACAAGGGAGCUGUUGGGGUUUCUUUCCUCUUCAGUGGAACCUCAUUUGGGUUUGUUAACUGCCACCUGACCUCUGGAAGUGAGAAAGUCAUCAGGAGGAACCAGAACUUUGUGGACAUCCUCAGACUGCUCUCUCUUGGUGACAAACAGCUGAGUGCCUUUGACAUCAGCCUUCGAUUUACCCAUUUAUUCUGGUGUGGAGACCUCAACUACAGACUGGACCUGGACGUACAGGAUAUUCUGAAACAUGUUUCUAAGAGGGAGUUUGAGGAGCUGAUGUGUGCAGAUCAACUGACCAGGGAGAGACAUAAGAGAAAGGCCUUCCUCAAUUUUAAGGAGGAGAAGAUUGCAUUUCCACCGACGUAUCGGUAUGAACGGGGCUCUAGAGACUGCUAUCUCUGGCAAAAAUACAAGACUUCAGGGGUGCGUGUCAAUGUUCCCUCAUGGUGUGACAGGAUUUUGUGCAAAUCCUACCCAGAGACACACAUCAUCUGCACUGCAUAUGGUUGCCCAGAUGACAUCUUUACCAGUGACCACUCUCCUGUUUUUGCCACGUUCCAAGUAGGAGUAACGUCACAGUUCAUCUCCAAAACAGAUCUAAACUCGAGCAUCGAGAAGGCCUGGAUUGAGCUUGAAGGCAUUGAAGCCAUUGUGAAGACAGCAAGCAAGGCAAAGUUCUUCAUUGAAUUUCAUUCAUCUUGUCUGGAAGACACUCGGCGCUCAAGUGAGAAUGAUUCACAAAGCUGUGAUGUUCCUGGGUUUCUGAAGCUGGGCUGGUCCUUCAAACAGCUGCCAAAGUUGCUUCCAAUCAUCUCUGACUUGGAGUAUCUUCAGGAUCAACACCUGCUGUUGUCUGUCAAGUCGUGUGAUGGGUUCGAGUCAUAUGGUGAAUGCUGUGUGGCUCUACGUUCACUUAUUGGUGCAUCAGAGCAGUUUGAGACAUUUCUAAGCCACCGGGGUGAAGAGAUGGGGUCAAUCAGGGGAAGAGUCAGAGUUCAUAUCCCCAAGGACAGACGAGGGACAAGAGCCAAGAUCUAUGAGUGGUUCUGCUUUGAGAAAGAUGACAGGAUUUCUGGGAGGGUACACAUGUCUCCUGCAGCUCCACGGGUCCAAAUGAACAGGUCCUCGGCAGCUCCCCCCAAACUAACCCCAAGCAGCUACACCAAUCCGGCAUACUUCAUCUUUGAAGGUGUGUCAGUGCCACGCAGGUCACAGGAGGCACUUCCACAGCGAAGAGACCCUCAGGUGAUCUGGUCUGGAAACGAGGCCUUGCAGCUUCCAAAAAUCUCAGGGCGUCAGAGCUUUGACAGGAGGCCCUGCCGGAGGUCGGACUUCACAGAGAUUGAAAUACCCGUCAUCCUGCCUCAGUACACACCAACCAAUGACCUCCCUGCACCCCAAACCAACUCCUCCUAUCAGCUUUUCCCAGCCAAAAACCCCUCUCCCAUAACACCACCCUCGAGUGGUGCCAUUUCUCAAUACCAGGAACAGACUUCACAACCCAGGGAAAAAUACCACAAAAAAAAUACUGUCCAGGACUCUGUGCUGCCUGAGAAGAAUCUGAGGAACUUGUACAUGAACCACUCAGCGAUCAUUAGAGAAAAAACUUCAAGAGAUCAACAUCAGCUUCUACCAGAGAGGACCAAUCCUAUCCGGUCGGCCAAGGCACCACCGGUUUUCCCAUAUGCCCAAACUCAAAUAGCACAUUCUCAGGCCUCUGUUCCCUGGCAGGUGGACCAGCAGCCCCCUGGGCCAACUGGAGACAACUCUCUGACUGCUUUACAAAUCGCCAAGUCUCUCAGUGAGGUCGACUUCUUCCCCACUGAGCAGAGAGGUCCAUCGAUACAACAGAGGCCAAACUACAGAAAUGGGCCUAACAUGCAUGGAGGUUACAGCUGGGAAAAAGAGGUCCUUCAAGGUGCACCUGAGACAGUGCGGGAGCUGCUCAGUACUCUGGGUCUUCAGAAAUACACCCUGGGACUCAGCCUCAAUGGCUGGGAUGAUCUGGAUUACUUCUGUGGCAUCACAGAGGAGGAUCUCCGAGCUUCAGGAGUUACAAACCCGGCACACCGACGCAGGAUCCUGGAUAACCUGCCCAGAAACUGGAACUGACACACAGGGGUGAAAAGCACGGGACGUAUUAAAACCCCCGAAGACUGCAUGGAACUGGAAGAUCUGCUACAGCGGACGUCUGAAGGGUGAUCAGACUGAUCAGUUAUAUCAGCUGGACUUUACCACAGCAUUCCCAUCUUUUCAUUUACUCAAUCGAUACUGUAGUUUGUUUGUGUCAAAGGGAACAUAACGCAGGAAGUACCCGACGCACAGCAUUCACGCUAUUCAGCUCUCCAUCUUGACUGAUAAUGACAGAGUGUGGGAGAUACGAAUGGAAAGCCUUGACGUGAACGUAGAGCCGCUGCUGUGUGUAUCAAUAUUGAUUAUAGUAUCAAGGUCUCAUUGAUUUUUUUUAAAUGCUUUUUAACAGACCAUAAAAAUGCACUUCUUCAAUUUCCAGUCUUCACUCAAGGCUACUGUUUACCAUCCACCGUCAUGGUUUCUGCUGUGUGCUUUUCUUUACUCUGCUACUAUUGAGCCUCGAUCUGAGCUGAGCGUAAAAGCCCUCAAUUAAACCUAUGGAGCAUGAAAUCCAUAGCUGUAUGUAUCUACUGGAACAUCACCUGUAAAGCUGGUACAGAAGGGCCUGCCGUAUCUCAUCUUGUUUACUGUGUCAUACAUGUCACUUAAUCAGUACGUAUGUCCACUGUGCAUGUUUUAUGCCACCUUUUCCAAACUGAAGUGCAUAAAGCAACUCUUGACUGUCA